AUGCUGGAAUGGAAAGCAGUUGGAAUGGAUCCCAUACCCAGGUUCGAUGAAGAAAUUGGUCCAUUGUCUCCGGUAGCUGGUAGUCUAGCAGCUGGAGUUUCUGGUUUAGUAGCUGCAGCUGCCUCUCAUAGUUUAGACACUGCCAAAAGUCGAUCACAAUGCAUUGUGCUCCCUAAGUUUGUAUCCAUGGAGAGAAAAUACCUCAGAUGGAAUAGACGAGGAAAGAGAUUUGAGAGACUUACCGGCAUCCACCCUGCAGAUAGGAAUUUUCUGAUGAACGGAAUAUGGUUGCGGAUGUUGUAG